AGGCAUGUACCAGACGGUGAGCUCGAUGGUGGACGCGGGGGCGGGGGCGAGUCGGUGGAGCGGCUGGUGCGUGACGCAGACGAGCUGCGCAAGGUGGACAGCCUGCCGCCGGGCGUGCCGGUGGCCGAGGACUUCGUGCUGGCGAAGAGCGUCAGCAACUCGCAGAAGCACGACGGGGACGCGGACGCGGACGGCAAGGACUUCAUCUUCGCCAUCGUCUCGCAGGGCCUGCGCCGCUACCGCGUCGACUUCCGCCCCAUGGUGUUGGGCGCGAUCGCCGCCCUCGUGACGGACGAGCAGUGCCC